AUGCCGGUGAAACAGCUCAGAAAUAAUGGAACAACUACUGUAUCUGUUUUCCUGAUUUGGGGUCAACCUGAUGAGUAUAGAAGUGAUUACACCUACAGAGUACAAACAGCCAGCCCUUUAUCUGUAGUGAUAGAUCAAAGAACGGCAUCAAAUCAACUCAAUGUAACUAAUCUGUCACCCGGAGUAACAUAUACAUUCACUGUAUUUACAAGAGCCGCUGAUAAUGUCACUGAAAGUCAAGCUGUCUCAUAUACAACCUGCACAGGUGAGUGUAAACUGGUAUUAAAGGGAAUCGACAUACAGACACAUUACAAUACAGAGUCUGACUGCUAUUAGUCAUUACAAGGUUAUAUCAAAUGUGUGUUUAAUUAUGUUUGUCUUAAGCUGUAUUUAGCAGGUGAUGUUGACUUGAGGCAAUAGAAUUAUGAAUUCUGAAUAAUUAGUAAUAUUUAGAGGUGAAAUACAAAAUACAUUUUUAAUACAUAUUGUUGCAUUGAUGGUGUAUAUUUUAUUUUUUAUUAAAACAUAACUUUUAAUCUUUUCUUGUAAACAUAUACCUGUAUCACAUAUUAAAAGUUUUAAAAAAUAGCUAGGAUUAAUUUACAAACCAAAAAUCGGCAAUAUCGCCAUUUGUUCCAAAGUUUUCUAAACGUUUUCUACAGACAACUGUCUACGUGCGUUUUGAUUCUGCAUCUUAAGCACUUAUGGUGGGAGAGCUCAUAUUAUGGCUCGUGUAUUGCAUUUGUAAAUCUCCUCAGAUACCUUAAACACAUAUUAUUUAAUUAGUACUUUUAAUAAACCAUACUUUUCUUUCCUCUUAUCUCUUACCUGAGUUUCGUCUCGUGCCUGCUAUGGGACACUUCUACACAGGGAUUGUUAAAGCAGAGGUGUACCUUCUACAUUACAUAUAUAUAUACAUCUUCUUUCCAUUUAGACUUAAUUUAUUAGAUCAGAUAGUUAGCUGACGCUCUUAGCCAAUGAAUUCCAUCCAAAGAUCAAUGCCAUUGAUAUCACUAAUGUGGAAGCCGAACUUUUGCUUUACAUACCUGCGUGAAGACGUACCAAACUGCAGAUUCCAGGUGACCUAAUUAAUUGUGAUAUUAUUGGAAAACAGUUUCUCUUAACAUUGGGAUAGAGCCAUGAGACUCUUUGUACCAUGAGCGCUACAGUACACUUUAGAGGGUUUGGUGAUUAGAGAACCUCUGAAAAUGAAGCAAAAUGUUAAUUUGUGAAAUUUUUUAAAUCUAUAGGCAAUAUGUUAAAUGACUCUGUAACCAUAUCAUGUAUUCAUUUAUUAUCAAUCUUUUUUUAAAUGAUUUGGUUUAUCAUCAUUUAAGCAAAUGUAGAAAAUCAAAGUCAAAGCAGCACAAGAAGAGGUAGAUUUUGCAAAAUACAAAUGUACCUGAUGAUUUUAAAUAAUACCCCUCCAUUAUGAUGUAACAUAACAUUAUUUGUAGUAUUUAACUAAAAUUACCAUUUUUUUCUUAUAAGAGAUCAUGUGGGUUUAUUUACUAAACACCAAACUGAUGUGAUUUGAAAUAGGAAUUCCAAAAUGUAGGCAAAACUAUUAGACAUGUAAAAAUUCUCCAACUCAGCUCUUGUCACAGCUUGAUUUUGUACUUUAGAAUUCUGAUUCUAGCUCAUUACUAAAUCAUAUUUAAAGAAUAAGCUAAUAGAAUUUUCCAAAUGAAAGUUGUUUUUUACUAGACACAAAAUGUAUUUUAUUUAAAAAGAAAUGCAUGCACUUAAUAGAAUUUUUUUUUCUGAUUGUAUUCUGCUAUCUUUCAGUUCCAGGUUUGGCUCAGAAUAUCACAGUAAAUAAUAAGAAUACUACUAAUUCACUUAGUGUGAACUGGACAAUACCAGCAGGGAAAGUGGAUUAUUUCAUAGUCAUUCUGAGUGGAGACGUCAAUAGAACAUUCACAACUAAUUCUACACAAGUGGAUUUCACAGAAUUACUGCCAGGCAGAAACUACUCCAUCACUAUACAGACAGUUAGUAGUAACUGCAGCCAGUCAGCAGCUCUAGUGAUAGAGGCAACAUGUGAGUAUGAUGGGAUCAUUGGGACAGAGCUAUAUCUUUAUGUGGAAAUCAAACAAACUGAAUUCUAGUAUACGUUUUAGGUUUUGUUAUAUUCAGAUAUCAUGGGAUAAUUUGGCUUGAACUAUAUCGUUGUCAAGGUUAUUAACUAAAGUAAAAUUUCAAGGUGAUUUUCAAAUGUAUCAUCAAAAUAGCUGAACUUAAAAAAUUGAUCUAACUCAGCUAUGCAUCCAGUUCAUCUACUUCGGCCAUGAAUUUGAAAAUAAAUUUGAAUUCUCUCUUUAGUGAAUAACCCUGUUAAAUUCUGUAAAUCCUACAAUUUGAGUAACAUUGGACUUUUUAGGAGUGUGACGAGACCAAUCUCGCCACAUUGCAUUGGAGAAGCCUGGUUGCUCGCCUGCUGCCUUUGGACUAUGGCCCCCUUUUAAAAGACUUUAUUUUUGCCUGCAGAAAAGCUGUAUUCGUGCUUUUCUGCCUGGGGUUCAGUAGAUUUGUUUGAAUGUGUUAUACCCCAGAUAGGAAUCCCAUGGAGCCCAUUUGUAUGAAACUGACUGUAAAGACUUUGGCUCCAUGGCGAUUAAACUGUAUUCGUGUGGUCUGAGCGCCAUUCACUUAAUAAUGUGCGCUCAGACCUGAGCUAUCUGGGGAUAUGUGAAAUGUCUGUGUUUUAUGUAUAAAAUGUGACUUUAUGUAUUUUAAAGUGUUUUGUGUCUUUUGCAACCAUGUGCUUAAUGGAGUCUUGUGUCUGUCCUGGGAGAUAAUUGAAUUACUUAUCUCCAGGAUAGAAGACUCUGAAACUGGUUUGGGCCAGAAAGCCAUGCUUCAUUUAGUCACAAAGGACUUUUUACUAACUUUUGAACCCCUUGUCUGAUUUGUGCCAUUUUUGAAUAUGUUGUUCCCCUGAAUGGAUUGAUUGAGAAUAUGUAAUUUUAUGUGAAUGUGAUGUAUGGUUUUGGAGUUAUGAAAGUUGGGUAGAAAGUAUGUUUUAACUGUUUGUAUAAUUGAGUUUCCUCUCAGGAUAAGGGGAGGGAAUAUGUGGGAUGUAACUGUGAUAUGAUUGGUUGUUUUAUCCCUCCCUGUGGGUGGUCCUGUAUUUGAAACACUGUAAUAAAACCAGGCUGGGUGUGCCAGCACCUCAGACCACUGCUUGACCCUCAACACGGAGCCUUGUCUCGUUCUUGGGGGGAUUCACUGUAUGCUGUUAGAGACUGAUUGCCAGGAGUGUAAGCUGUUCGUCUGCUUUUCCUGUUCGUCUGCUAGCAGCUAUUUGGGAGGUUCCAGUUCGGGAGUUGGAGUGCUAUUUUGUAUCCAGUUCGUGAGUUUUGGUGUUCUGCAGUAGCUGUGCCUGGAUCUCUGGAAAGGGGGCCGAUCGCCUAAACGGUUUUUACCCCUUGUGUGCAAAACGGUCCGUUACAAGGAGAACUUGUGUUCAUGUAGCAUUGGAUUCUUUCAGGAUAAUUGAAUAUAGAGUUAAAUACAUUAUUUAUACAUAUGUAAUUAAUUAAUUAAUUAAUUGACUUUCUUAUUUUUCUAUUUCUUCAUAGAUCCGGCCUCUCCAGGUUCCUUAAACUUUACAAAUAUCGGAACAAACACCAUUUCGUUGUCCCUGGGAGAACCAGUAAAUAUGACCAAUGUGACAAAGACUUUCAAGAUAACUUACAGCAAUUCUUUAUCCUCUUGGACUGUGUCAGUAAACACAUUAAAUGCCACACUUCAGAACCUCACAUCUGGGACUAAUUACACAAUUACUGUAGUAACAGUUGUUGCUCGGCAGUAUCAGAGUUCUCCGGUGACCAGUUCCAUCUACACAAGUAUGUUUACAGCAUUCUGAAUGUUCUGCAAUAGAACGUGUCACAACUAUGAUAUAAAUAUGUGUAUAUUUUGUAGUACACCAAGAGGCACAUAUUUGCUGGAUUUUUUUUGCACAUUAAAUGAGAAGAUGGGACCAACAGAGGGAAAAUAUGAAGAGCAGAAAAAAUAUUAAUUUAACUAGUAUAUAUUAAUUAAAUAUAUAAUAUAUAAAUAUGGAUUUAUUUUUAUUGCUGCUUUUUCCCCCUCUAUUGGUCACUUCUCACUUAAUCUGUCAAUAAAAUCAAUAUUUAGUUAUCAUCCCCCACCAUCAAUAAAUUAAAAGUCUAGUCCAUAGCCAUUUUGCUUGUUUCAUGAUUCGACCAUAUGGUGCUUCGGAGUUGCGUAAUUCUGAUCACUCGCCGAUUUCCCAAAAUAUAGACGAAUGGCAAAUUAAUUUGAAACUGGAAGCACAAGUCUACUAUUUAGGAGUAACGUAUCCAUUUUUUUUCAAGUUAACAUAAAUAAAGAAAUAAAAUGGAUCGUGUUUUAUUUUCUAACUCUAGAACCGAUGCCGGUGAAACAGCUCAGAAAUAAUGGAACGACUACUGUAUCUGUUUUCCUGAUUUGGGGUCAACCUGAUGAGUAUAUAAGUGAUUACACCUACAGAGUACAAACAGCCAGCCCUUUAUCUGUAGUGAUAGAUCAAAGAAUGGCAUCAAAUCAACUCAAUGUAACUAAUCUGACACCCGGAGUAACAUAUACAUUCACUGUAUUUACAAGAGCGGCUGAUAAUGUCACUGAAAGUCAAGCUGUCUCAUAUACAACUUGCACAGGUGAGUGUAAACUGGUAUUAAAGGGAAUCGACAUACAGACACAUUACAAUACAGAGUCUGACUGCUAUUAGUCAUUACAAGGUUAUUUCAAAUGUGUGUUUAAUUAUGUUUGUCUUAAGCUGUAUUUAGCAGGUGAUGUUGACUUGAGGCAAUAGAAUUAUGAAUUCUGAAUAAUUAGUAAUAUUUAGAGGUGAAAUACAAAAUACAUUUUUAAUACAUAUUGUUGCAUUGAUGGUGUAUAUUUUAUUUUUUAUUAAAACGUAACUUUUAAUCUUUUCUUGUAAACAUAUACCUGUAUCACAUAUUAAAAGUUUUAAAAAAUAGCUAGGAUUAAUUUACAAACCAAAAAUCGGCAAUAUCGCCAUUUGUUCCAAAGUUUUCUAAACGUUUUCUACAGACAACUGUCUACGUGCAUUUUGAUUCUGCAUCUUAAGCACUUAUGGUGGGAGAGCUCAUAUUACGGCUCGUGUAUUGUAUUUGUAAAUCUCCUCAGAUACCUUAAACACAUAUUAUUUAAUUAGUACUUUUAAUAAACCAUACUUUUCUUUCCUCUUAUCUCUUACCUGAGUUUCCCCUGGUGCCUUCUAUUGGACUCUUCUACACAGGGAUUGUUAAAGCAGAGGUGAACCUUCUACUUUACAUAUAUAUAAACAUCUUCUUUCCAUUUAGACUUAAUUUAUUAGAUCAGAUAGUUAGCUGACGCUCUUAGCCAAUGAAUUCCAUCCAAAGAUCAAUGCCAUUGAUAUCACUAAUGUGGAAGCCGAACUUUUGCUUUACAUACCUGCGUGAAGACGUACCAAACUGCAGAUUCCAGGUGACCUAAUUAAUUGUGAUAUUAUUGGAAAACAGUUUCUCUUAACAUUGGGAUAGAGCCAUGAGACUCUUUGUACCAUGAGCGCUACAGUACACUUUAGAGGGUUUGGUGAUUAGAGAACCUCUGAAAAUGAAGCAAAAUGUUAAUUUGUGAAAUUUUUUAAAUCUAUAGGCAAUAUGUUAAAUGACUCUGUAACCAUAUCAUGUAUUCAUUUAUUAUCAAUCUUUUUUUAAAUGAUUUGGUUUAUCAUCAUUUAAGCAAAUGUAGAAAAUCAAAGUCAAAGCAGCACAAGAAGAGGUAGAUUUUGCAAAAUACAAAUGUACCUGAUGAUUUUAAAUAAUACCCCUCCAUUAUGAUGUAACAUAACAUUAUUUGUAGUAUUUAACUAAAAUUACUGUUUUUUCUUAUAAGAGAUCAUGUGGGUUUAUUUACUAAACACCAAACUGAUGUGAUUUGAAAUAGGAAUUCCAAAAUUUAGGCAAAACUAUUAGACAUGUAAAAAUUCUCCAACUCAGCUCUUGUCACAGCUUGAUUCUGUACUUUAGAAUUCUGAUUCUAGCUCAUUACUAAAUCAUAUUUAAAGAAUAAGCUAAUAGAAUUUUCCAAAUGAAAGUUGUUUUUUACUAGACACAAAAUGUAUUUUAUUUAAAAAGAAAUGCAUGCACUUAAUAGAAAUGUUUUUUCUGAUUGAAUUCUGCUAUCUUUCAGUUCCAGGUUUGGCUCAGAAUAUCACAGUAAAUAAUAAGAAUACUACUAAUUCACUCAGUGUGAACUGGACAAUACCAGCAGGGAAAGUGGAUUAUUUCACAGUCAUUCUGAGUGGAGACGUCAAUAGAACAUUCACAACUAAUUCUACACAAGUGGAUUUCACAGAAUUACUGCCAGGCAGAAACUACUCCAUCACUAUACAGACAGUUAGUAGUAACUGCAGCCAGUCAGCAGCUCUAGUGAUAGAGGCAACAUGUGAGUAUGAUGGGAUCAUUGGGACAGAGCUAUAUCUUUAUGUGGAAAUCAAACAAACUGAAUUCUAGUAUACGUUUUAGGUUUUGUUAUAUUCAGAUAUCAUGGGAUAAUUUGGCUUGAACUAUAUCGUUGUCAAGGUUAUUAACUAAAGUAAAAUUUCAAGGUGAUUUUCAAAUGUAUCAUCAAAAUAGCUGAACUUAAAAAAUUGAUCUAACUCAGCUAUGCAUCCAGUUCAUCUACUUCGGCCAUGAAUUUGAAAAUAAAUUUGAAUUCUCUCUUUAGUGAAUAACCCUGUUAAAUUCUGUAAAUCCUACAAUUUGAGUAACAUUGGACUUUUUAGGAGAACUUGUGUUCAUGUAGCAUUGGAUUCUUUCAGGAUAAUUGAAUAUAGAGUUAAAUACAUUAUUUAUACAUAUGUAAUUAAUUAAUUAAUUAAUUGACUUUCUUAUUUUUCUAUUUCUUCAUAGAUCCGGCCUCUCCAGGUUCCUUAAACUUUACAAAUAUCGGAACAAACACCAUUUCGUUGUCCCUGGGAGAACCAGUAAAUAUGGCCAAUGUGACAAAGACUUUCAAGAUAACUUACAGCAAUUCUUUAUCCUCUUGGACUGUGUCAGUAAACACAUUAAAUGCCACACUUCAGAACCUCACAUCUGGGACUAAUUACACAAUUACUGUAGUAACAGUUGGUGCUCGGCAGUAUCAGAGUUCUCCUGUGACCAGUUCCAUCUACACAAGUAUGUUUACAGCUUUCUGUAUGUUCUGCAAUAGAACGUGUCACAACUAUGAUAUAAAUAUGUGUAUAUUUUGUAGUACACUAAGAGGCACAUAUUUGCUGGAUUUUUUUUGCACAUUAAAUGAGAAGAUGGGACCAACAGAGGGAAAAUAUGAAGAGCAGAAAAAAUAUUAAUUUAACUAGUAUAUAUUAAUUAAAUAUAUAAUAUAUAAAUAUGGAUUUAUUUUUAUUGCUGCUUUUUCCCCCUCUAUUGGUCACUUCUCACUUAAUCUGUCAAUAAAAUCAAUAGGCAAUAUGUUAAAUGACUCUGUAACCAUAUCAUGUAUUCAUUUAUUAUCAAUCUUUUUUUAAAUGAUUUGGUUUAUCAUCAUUUAAGCAAAUGUAGAAAAUCAAAGUCAAAGCAGCACGAGAAGAGGUAGAUUUUGCAAAAUACAAAAGUACCUGAUGAUUUUAAAUAAUACCCCUCCAUUAUGAUGUAACAUAACAUUAUUUGUAGUAUUUAACUAAAAUUACCAUUUUUUCUUAUAAGAGAUCAUGUGGGUUUAUUUACUAAACACCAAACUGAUGUGAUUUGAAAUAGGAAUUCCAAAAUGUAGGCAAAACUAUUAGACAUGUAAAAAUUCUCCAACUCAGCUCUUGUCACAGCUUGAUUUUGUACUUUAGAAUUCUGAUUCUAGCUCAUUACUAAAUCAUAUUUAAAGAAUAAGCUAAUAGAAUUUUCCAAAUGAAAGUUGUUUUUUACUAGACACAAAAUGUAUUUUAUUUAAAAAGAAAUGCAUGCACUUAAUAGAAAUUUUUUUUUCUGAUUGUAUUCUGCUAUCUUUCAGUUCCAGGUUUGGCUCAGAAUAUCACAGUAAAUAAUAAGAAUACUACUAAUUCACUUAGUGUGAACUGGACAAUACCAGCAGGGAAAGUGGAUUAUUUCAUAGUCAUUCUGAGUGGAGACGUCAAUAGAACAUUCACAACUAAUUCUACACAAGUGGAUUUCACAGAAUUACUGCCAGGCAGAAACUACUCCAUCACUAUACAGACAGUUAGUAGUAACUGCAGCCAGUCAGCAGCUCUAGUGAUAGAGGCAACAUGUGAGUAUGAUGGGAUCAUUGGGACAGAGCUAUAUCUUUAUGUGGAAAUCAAACAAACUGAAUUCUAGUAUACGUUUUAGGUUUUGUUAUAUUCAGAUAUCAUGGGAUAAUUUGGCUUGAACUAUAUCGUUGUCAAGGUUAUUAACUAAAGUAAAAUUUCAAGGUGAUUUUCAAAUGUAUCAUCAAAAUAGCUGAACUUAAAAAAUUGAUCUAACUCAGCUAUGCAUCCAGUUCAUCUACUUCGGCCAUGAAUUUGAAAAUAAAUUUGAAUUCUCUCUUUAGUGAAUAACCCUGUUAAAUUCUGUAAAUCCUACAAUUUGAGUAACAUUGGACUUUUUAGGAGUGUGACGAGACCAAUCUCGCCACAUUGCAUUGGAGAAGCCUGGUUGCUCGCCUGCUGCCUUUGGACUAUGGCCCCCUUUUAAAAGACUUUAUUUUUGCCUGCAGAAAAGCUGUAUUCGUGCUUUUCUGCCUGGGGUUCAGUAGAUUUGUUUGAAUGUGUUAUACCCCAGAUAGGAAUCCCAUGGAGCCCAUUUGUAUGAAACUGACUGUAAAGACUUUGGCUCCAUGGCGAUUAAACUGUAUUCGUGUGGUCUGAGCGCCAUUCACUUAAUAAUGUGCGCUCAGACCUGAGCUAUCUGGGGAUAUGUGAAAUGUCUGUGUUUUAUGUAUAAAAUGUGACUUUAUGUAUUUUAAAGUGUUUUGUGUCUUUUUGCAACCAUGUGCUUAAUGGAGUCUUGUGUCUGUCCUGGGAGAUAAUUGAAUUACUUAUCUCCAGGAUAGAAGACUCUGAAACUGGUUUGGGCCAGAAAGCCAUGCUUCAUUUAGUCACAAAGGACUUUUUACUAACUUUUGAACCCCUUGUCUGAUUUGUGCCAUUUUUGAAUAUGUUGUUCCCCUGAAUGGAUUGAUUGAGAAUAUGUAAUUUUAUGUGAAUGUGAUGUAUGGUUUUGGAGUUAUGAAAGUUGGGUAGAAAGUAUGUUUUAACUGUUUGUAUAAUUGAGUUUCCUCUCAGGAUAAGGGGAGGGAAUAUGUGGGAUGUAACUGUGAUAUGAUUGGUUGUUUUAUCCCUCCCUGUGGGUGGUCCUGUAUUUGAAACACUGUAAUAAAAACCAGGCUGGGUGUGCCAGCACCUCAGACCACUGCUUGACCCUCAACACGGAGCCUUGUCUCGUUCUUGGGGGGAUUCACUGUAUGCUGUUAGAGACUGAUUGCCAGGAGUGUAAGCUGAUUGUCUGCUUUUCCUGUUCGUCUGCUAGCAGCUAUUUGGGAGGUUCCAGUUCUGGAGUUGGAGUGCUAUUUUGUAUCCAGUUCGUGAGUUUUGGUGUUCUGCAGUAGCUGUGCCUGGAUCUCUGGAAAGGGGGCCGAUCGCCUAAACGGUUUUUACCCCUUGUGUGCAAAACGGUCCGUUACAAGGAGAACUUGUGUUCAUGUAGCAUUGGAUUCUUUCAGGAUAAUUGAAUAUAGAGUUAAAUACAUUAUUUAUACAUAUGUAAUUAAUUAAUUAAUUAAUUGACUUUCUUAUUUUUCUAUUUCUUCAUAGAUCCGGCCUCUCCAGGUUCCUUAAACUUUACAAAUAUCGGAACAAACACCAUUUCGUUGUCCCUGGGAGAACCAGUAAAUAUGACCAAUGUGACAAAGACUUUCAAGAUAACUUACAGCAAUUCUUUAUCCUCUUGGACUGUGUCAGUAAACACAUUAAAUGCCACACUUCAGAACCUCACAUCUGGGACUAAUUACACAAUUACUGUAGUAACAGUUGUUGCUCGGCAGUAUCAGAGUUCUCCGGUGACCAGUUCCAUCUACACAAGUAUGUUUACAGCAUUCUGAAUGUUCUGCAAUAGAACGUGUCACAACUAUGAUAUAAAUAUGUGUAUAUUUUGUAGUACACCAAGAGGCACAUAUUUGCUGGAUUUUUUUUGCACAUUAAAUGAGAAGAUGGGACCAACAGAGGGAAAAUAUGAAGAGCAGAAAAAAUAUUAAUUUAACUAGUAUAUAUUAAUUAAAUAUAUAAUAUAUAAAUAUGGAUUUAUUUUUAUUGCUGCUUUUUCCCCCUCUAUUGGUCACUUCUCACUUAAUCUGUCAAUAAAAUCAAUAUUUAGUUAUCAUCCCCCACCAUCAAUAAAUUAAAAGUCUAGUCCAUAGCCAUUUUGCUUGUUUCAUGAUUCGACCAUAUGGUGCUUCGGAGUUGCGUAAUUCUGAUCACUCGCCGAUUUCCCAAAAUAUAGACGAAUGGCAAAUUAAUUUGAAACUGGAAGCACAAGUCUACUAUUUAGGAGUAACGUAUCCAUUUUUUUUCAAGUUAACAUAAAUAAAGAAAUAAAAUGGAUCGUGUUUUAUUUUCUAACUCUAGAACCGAUGCCGGUGAAACAGCUCAGAAAUAAUGGAACGACUACUGUAUCUGUUUUCCUGAUUUGGGGUCAACCUGAUGAGUAUAUAAGUGAUUACACCUACAGAGUACAAACAGCCAGCCCUUUAUCUGUAGUGAUAGAUCAAAGAAUGGCAUCAAAUCAACUCAAUGUAACUAAUCUGACACCCGGAGUAACAUAUACAUUCACUGUAUUUACAAGAGCGGCUGAUAAUGUCACUGAAAGUCAAGCUGUCUCAUAUACAACUUGCACAGGUGAGUGUAAACUGGUAUUAAAGGGAAUCGACAUACAGACACAUUACAAUACAGAGUCUGACUGCUAUUAGUCAUUACAAGGUUAUUUCAAAUGUGUGUUUAAUUAUGUUUGUCUUAAGCUGUAUUUAGCAGGUGAUGUUGACUUGAGGCAAUAGAAUUAUGAAUUCUGAAUAAUUAGUAAUAUUUAGAGGUGAAAUACAAAAUACAUUUUUAAUACAUAUUGUUGCAUUGAUGGUGUAUAUUUUAUUUUUUAUUAAAACGUAACUUUUAAUCUUUUCUUGUAAACAUAUACCUGUAUCACAUAUUAAAAGUUUUAAAAAAUAGCUAGGAUUAAUUUACAAACCAAAAAUCGGCAAUAUCGCCAUUUGUUCCAAAGUUUUCUAAACGUUUUCUACAGACAACUGUCUACGUGCAUUUUGAUUCUGCAUCUUAAGCACUUAUGGUGGGAGAGCUCAUAUUACGGCUCGUGUAUUGUAUUUGUAAAUCUCCUCAGAUACCUUAAACACAUGUUAUUUAAUUAGUACUUUUAAUAAACCAUACUUUUCUUUCCUCUUAUCUCUUACCUGAGUUUCCCCUGGUGCCUUCUAUUGGACUCUUCUACACAGGGAUUGUUAAAGCAGAGGUGAACCUUCUACUUUACAUAUAUAUAAACAUCUUCUUUCCAUUUAGACUUAAUUUAUUAGAUCAGAUAGUUAGCUGACGCUCUUAGCCAAUGAAUUCCAUCCAAAGAUCAAUGCCAUUGAUAUCACUAAUGUGGAAGCCGAACUUUUGCUUUACAUACCUGCGUGAAGACGUACCAAACUGCAGAUUCCAGGUGACCUAAUUAAUUGUGAUAUUAUUGGAAAACAGUUUCUCUUAACAUUGGGAUAGAGCCAUGAGACUCUUUGUACCAUGAGCGCUACAGUACACUUUAGAGGGUUUGGUGAUUAGAGAACCUCUGAAAAUGAAGCAAAAUGUUAAUUUGUGAAAUUUUUUAAAUCUAUAGGCAAUAUGUUAAAUGACUCUGUAACCAUAUCAUGUAUUCAUUUAUUAUCAAUCUUUUUUUAAAUGAUUUGGUUUAUCAUCAUUUAAGCAAAUGUAGAAAAUCAAAGUCAAAGCAGCACAAGAAGAGGUAGAUUUUGCAAAAUACAAAUGUACCUGAUGAUUUUAAAUAAUACCCCUCCAUUAUGAUGUAACAUAACAUUAUUUGUAGUAUUUAACUAAAAUUACUGUUUUUUCUUAUAAGAGAUCAUGUGGGUUUAUUUACUAAACACCAAACUGAUGUGAUUUGAAAUAGGAAUUCCAAAAUUUAGGCAAAACUAUUAGACAUGUAAAAAUUCUCCAACUCAGCUCUUGUCACAGCUUGAUUCUGUACUUUAGAAUUCUGAUUCUAGCUCAUUACUAAAUCAUAUUUAAAGAAUAAGCUAAUAGAAUUUUCCAAAUGAAAGUUGUUUUUUACUAGACACAAAAUGUAUUUUAUUUAAAAAGAAAUGCAUGCACUUAAUAGAAAUGUUUUUUCUGAUUGAAUUCUGCUAUCUUUCAGUUCCAGGUUUGGCUCAGAAUAUCACAGUAAAUAAUAAGAAUACUACUAAUUCACUCAGUGUGAACUGGACAAUACCAGCAGGGAAAGUGGAUUAUUUCACAGUCAUUCUGAGUGGAGACGUCAAUAGAACAUUCACAACUAAUUCUACACAAGUGGAUUUCACAGAAUUACUGCCAGGCAGAAACUACUCCAUCACUAUACAGACAGUUAGUAGUAACUGCAGCCAGUCAGCAGCUCUAGUGAUAGAGGCAACAUGUGAGUAUGAUGGGAUCAUUGGGACAGAGCUAUAUCUUUAUGUGGAAAUCAAACAAACUGAAUUCUAGUAUACGUUUUAGGUUUUGUUAUAUUCAGAUAUCAUGGGAUAAUUUGGCUUGAACUAUAUUGUUGUCAAGGUUAUUAACUAAAGUAAAAUUUCAAGGUGAUUUUCAAAUGUAUCAUCAAAAUAGCUGAACUUAAAAAAUUGAUCUAACUCAGCUAUGCAUCCAGUUCAUCUACUUCGGCCAUGAAUUUGAAAAUAAAUUUGAAUUCUCUCUUUAGUGAAUAACCCUGUUAAAUUCUGUAAAUCCUACAAUUUGAGUAACAUUGGACUUUUUAGGAGAACUUGUGUUCAUGUAGCAUUGGAUUCUUUCAGGAUAAUUGAAUAUAGAGUUAAAUACAUUAUUUAUACAUAUGUAAUUAAUUAAUUAAUUAAUUGACUUUCUUAUUUUUCUAUUUCUUCAUAGACCCGGCCUCUCCAGGUUCCUUAAACUUUACAAAUAUCGGAACAAACACCAUUUCGUUGUCCCUGGGAGAACCAGUAAAUAUGACCAAUGUGACAAAGACUUUCAAGAUAACUUACAGCAAUUCUUUAUCCUCUUGGACUGUGUCAGUAAACACAUUAAAUGCCACACUUCAGAACCUCACAUCUGGGACUAAUUACACAAUUACUGUAGUAACAGUUGGUGCUCGGCAGUAUCAGAGUUCUCCUGUGACCAGUUCCAUCUACACAAGUAUGUUUACAGCAUUCUGUAUGUUCUGCAAUAGAACGUGUCACAACUAUGAUAUAAAUAUGUGUAUAUUUUGUAGUACACUAAGAGGCACAUAUUUGCUGGAUUUUUUUUGCACAUUAAAUGAGAAGAUGGGACCAACAGAGGGAAAAUAUGAAGAGCAGAAAAAAUAUUAAUUUAACUAGUAUAUAUUAAUUAAAUAUAUAAUAUAUAAAUAUGGAUUUAUUUUUAUUGCUGCUUUUUCCCCCUCUAUUGGUCACUUCUCACUUAAUCUGUCAAUAAAAUCAAUAGGCAAUAUGUUAAAUGACUCUGUAACCAUAUCAUGUAUUCAUUUAUUAUCAAUCUUUUUUUAAAUGAUUUGGUUUAUCAUCAUUUAAGCAAAUGUAGAAAAUCAAAGUCAAAGCAGCACGAGAAGAGGUAGAUUUUGCAAAAUACAAAAGUACCUGAUGAUUUUAAAUAAUACCCCUCCAUUAUGAUGUAACAUAACAUUAUUUGUAGUAUUUAACUAAAAUUACCAUUUUUUCUUAUAAGAGAUCAUGUGGGUUUAUUUACUAAACACCAAACUGAUGUGAUUUGAAAUAGGAAUUCCAAAAUGUAGGCAAAACUAUUAGACAUGUAAAAAUUCUCCAACUCAGCUCUUGUCACAGCUUGAUUUUGUACUUUAGAAUUCUGAUUCUAGCUCAUUACUAAAUCAUAUUUAAAGAAUAAGCUAAUAGAAUUUUCCAAAUGAAAGUUGUUUUUUACUAGACACAAAAUGUAUUUUAUUUAAAAAGAAAUGCAUGCACUUAAUAGAAAUUUUUUUUUCUGAUUGUAUUCUGCUAUCUUUCAGUUCCAGGUUUGGCUCAGAAUAUCACAGUAAAUAAUAAGAAUACUACUAAUUCACUUAGUGUGAACUGGACAAUACCAGCAGGGAAAGUGGAUAAUUACACAGUCAUUCUGAGUGGAGACGUCAAUAGAACAUUCACAACUAAUUCUACACAAGUGGAUUUCACAGAAUUACUGCCAGGCAGAAACUACUCCAUCACUAUACAGACAGUUAGUAGUAACUGCAGCCAGUCAGCAGCUCUAGUGAUAGAGGCAACAUGUGAGUAUGAUGGGAUCAUUGGGACAGAGCUAUAUCUUUAUGUGGAAAUCAAACAAACUGAAUUCUAGUAUACGUUUUAGGUUUUGUUAUAUUCAGAUAUCAUGGGAUAAUUUGGCUUGAACUAUAUCGUUGUCAAGGUUAUUAACUAAAGUAAAAUUUCAAUGUGAUUUUCAAAUGUAUCAUCAAAAUAGCUGAACUUAAAAAAUUGAUCUAACUCAGCUAUGCAUCCAGUUCAUCUACUUCGGCCAUGAAUUUGAAAAUAAAUUUGAAUUCUCUCUUUAGUGAAUAACCCUGUUAAAUUCUGUAAAUCCUACAAUUUGAGUAACAUUGGACUUUUUAGGAGAACUUGUGUUCAUGUAGCAUUGGAUUCUUUCAGAAUAAUUGAAUAUAGAGUUAAAUACAUUAUUUAUACAUAUGUAAUUAAUUAAUUAAUUAAUUGACUUUCUUAUUUUUCUAUUUCUUCAUAGAUCCGGCCUCUCCAGGUUCCUUAAACUUUACAAAUAUCGGAACAAACACCAUUUCGUUGUCCCUGGGAGAACCAGUAAAUAUGGCCAAUGUGACAAAGACUUUCAAAAUAACUUACAGCAAUUCUUUAUCCUCUUGGACUGUGUCAGUAAACACAUUAAAUGCCACACUUCAGAACCUCACAUCUGGGACUAAUUACACAAUUACUGUAGUAACAGUUGGUGCUCGGCAGUAUCAGAGUUCUCCUGUGACCAGUUCCAUCUACACAAGUAGGUUUACAGCUUUCUGUAUGUUCUGCAAUAGAACGUGUCACAACUAUGAUAUAAAUAUGUGUAUAUUUUGUAGUACACUAAGAGGCACAUAUUUGCUGGAUUUUUUUUGCACAUUAAAUGAGAAGAUGGGACCAACAGAGGGAAAAUAUGAAGAGCAGAAAAAAUAUUAAUUUAACUAGUAUAUAUUAAUUAAAUAUAUAAUAUAUAAAUAUGGAUUUAUUUUUAUUGCUGCUUUUUUCCCCUCUAUUGGUCACUUCUCACUUAAUCUGUCAAUAAAAUCAAUAUUUAGUUAUCAUCCCCCACCAUCAAUUAAUUAAAAGUCUAGUCCAUAGCCGUUUUGCUUGUUUCAUGAUUCGACCAUAUGGUGCUUCGGAGUUGCGUAAUUCUGAUCACUCGCCGAUUUCCCAAAAUAUAGACGAAUGGCAAAUUAAUUUGAAACUGGAAGCACAAGUCUACUAUUUAGGAGUAACGUAUCCAUUUUUUUUCAAGUUAAUAUAAAUAAAGAAAUAAAAUGGAUCGUGUUUUAUUUUCUAACUCUAGAACCGAUGCCGGUGAAACAGCUCAGAAAUAAUGGAACGACUACUGUAUCUGUUUUCCUGAUUUGGGGUCAACCUGAUGAGUAUAUAAGUGAUUACACCUACAGAGUACAAACAGCCAGCCCUUUAUCUGUAGUGAUAGAUCAAAGAAUGGCAUCAAAUCAACUCAAUGUAACUAAUCUGACACCCGGAGUAACAUAUACAUUCACUGUAUUUACAAGAGCGGCUGAUAAUGUCACUGAAAGUCAAGCUGUCUCAUAUACAACUUGCACAGGUGAGUGUAAACUGGUAUUAAAGGGAAUCGACAUACAGACACAUUACAAUACAGAGUCUGACUGCUAUUAGUCAUUACAAGGUUAUAUCAAAUGUGUGUUUAAUUAUGUUUGUCUUAAGCUGUAUUUAGCAGGUGAUGUUGACUUGAGGCAAUAGAAUUAUGAAUUCUGAAUAAUUAGUAAUAUUUAGAGACAAAAUACAUUUUGAAUACAUAUUGUUGCAUUGAUGGUGUAUAUUUUAUUUUUAUUAAAACUUAACUUUUAAUCUUUUCUUGUAAACAUAUACCUGUAUCACAUAUUAAAAGUUUUAAAAAAAUAGCUAGGAUUAAUUUACAAACCAAAAAUCGGCAAUAUAGCCAUUUGUUCCAAAGUUUUCUAAACGUUUUCUACAGACAACUGUCUACGUGCGUUUUGAUUCUGCAUCUUAAGCACUUAUGGUGGGAGAGCUCAUAUUACGGCUCGUGUAUUGUAUUUGUAAAUCUCCUCAGAUACCUUAAACACAUAUUAUUUAAUUAGUACUUUUAAUAAACCAUACUUUUCUUUCCUCUUAUCUCUUACCUGAGUUUCCCCUGGUGCCUUCUAUUGGACUCUUCUACACAGGGAUUGUUAAAGCAGAGGUGUACCUUCUACUUUACAUAUAUAUAAACAUCUUCUUUCCAUUUAGACUUAAUUUAUUAGAUCAGAUAGUUAGCUGACGCUCUUAGCCAAUGAAUUCCAUCCAAAGAUCAAUGCCAUUGAUAUCACUAAUGUGGAAGCCGAACUUUUGCUUUACAUACCUGCGUGAAGACGUACCAAACUGCAGAUUCCAGGUGACCUAAUUAAUUGUGAUAUUAUUGGAAAACAGUUUCUCUUAACAUUGGGAUAGAGCCAUGAGACUCUUUGUACCAUGAGCGCUACAGUACACUUUAGAGGGUUUGGUGAUUAGAGAACCUCUGAAAAUGAAGCAAAAUGUUAAUUUGUGAAAUUUUUUAAAUCUAUAGGCAAUAUGUUAAAUGACUCUGUAACCAUAUCAUGUAUUCAUUUAUUAUCAAUCUUUUUUUAAAUGAUUUGGUUUAUCAUCAUUUAAGCAAAUGUAGAAAAUCAAAGUCAAAGCAGCACAAGAAGAGGUAGAUUUUGCAAAAUACAAAUGUACCUGAUGAUUUUAAAUAAUACCCCUCCAUUAUGAUGUAACAUAACAUUAUUUGUAGUAUUUAACUAAAAUUACCAUUUUUUUCUUAUAAGAGAUCAUGUGGGUUUAUUUACUAAACACCAAACUGAUGUGAUUUGAAAUAGGAAUUCCAAAAUGUAGGCAAAACUAUUAGACAUGUAAAAAUUCUCCAACUCAGCUCUUGUCACAGCUUGAUUUUGUACUUUAGAAUUCUGAUUCUAGCUCAUUACUAAAUCAUAUUUAAAGAAUAAGCUAAUAGAAUUUUCCAAAUGAAAGUUGUUUUUUACUAGACACAAAAUGUAUUUUAUUUAAAAAGAAAUGCAUGCACUUAAUAGAAAUUUUUUUUUCUGAUUGUAUUCUGCUAUCUUUCAGUUCCAGGUUUGGCUCAGAAUAUCACAGUAAAUAAUAAGAAUACUACUAAUUCACUUAGUGUGAACUGGACAAUACCAGCAGGGAAAGUGGAUAAUUACACAGUCAUUCUGAGUGGAGACGUCAAUAGAACAUUCACAACUAAUUCUACACAAGUGGAUUUCACAGAAUUACUGCCAGGCAGAAACUACUCCAUCACUAUACAGACAGUUAGUAGUAACUGCAGCCAGUCAGCAGCUCUAGUGAUAGAGGCAACAUGUGAGUAUGAUGGGAUCAUUGGGACAGAGCUAUAUCUUUAUGUGGAAAUCAAACAAACUGAAUUCUAGUAUACGUUUUAGGUUUUGUUAUAUUCAGAUAUCAUGGGAUAAUUUGGCUUGAACUAUAUCGUUGUCAAGGUUAUUAACUAAAGUAAAAUUUCAAGGUGAUUUUCAAAUGUAUCAUCAAAAUAGCUGAACUUAAAAAAUUGAUCUAACUCAGCUAUGUAUCCAGUUCAUCUACUUCGGCCAUGAAUUUGAAAAUAAAUUUGAAUUCUCUCUUUAGUGAAUAACCCUGUUAAAUUCUGUAAAUCCUACAAUUUGAGUAACAUUGGACUUUUUAGUAGAACUUGUGUUCAUGUAGCAUUGGAUUCUUUCAGGAUAAUUGAAUAUAGAGUUAAAUACAUUAUUUAUACAUAUGUAAUUAAUUAAAUAAUUAAUUAAUUGACUUUCUUAUUUUUCUAUUUCUUCAUAGAUCCGGCCUCUCCAGGUUCCUUAAACUUUACAAAUAUCGGAACAAACACCAUUUCGUUGUCCCUGGGAGAACCAGUAAAUAUGACCAAUGUGACAAAGACUUUCAAGAUAACUUACAGCAAUUCUUUAUCCUCUUGGACUGUGUCAGUAAACACAUUAAAUGCCACACUUCAGAACCUCACAUCUGGGACUAAUUACACAAUUACUGUAGUAACAGUUGGUGCUCGGCAGUAUCAGAGUUCUCCGGUGACCAGUUCCAUCUACACAAGUAUGUUUACAGCAUUCUGUAUGUUCUGCAAUAGAACGUUUCACAACUAUGAUAUAAAUAUGUGUAUAUUUUGUAGUACACUAAGAGGCACAUAUUUGCUGGAUUUUUUUUGCACAUUAAAUGAGAAGAUGGGACCAACAGAGGGAAAAUAUGAAGAGCAGAAAAAAUAUUAAUUUAACUAGUAUAUAUUAAUUAAAUAUAUAAUAUAUAAAUAUGGAUUUAUUUUUAUUGCUGCUUUUUUCCCCUCUAUUGGUCACUUCUCACUUAAUCUGUCAAUAAAAUAAAUAUUUAGUUACCAUCCCCCACCAUCAAUUAAUUAAAAGUCUAGUCCAUUGCCGUUUUGUUUGUUUCAUGAUUCGACCAUAUGGUGCUUCGGAGUUGCGUAAUUCUGAUCACUCGCCGAUUUCCCAAAAUAUAGACGAAUGGCAAAUUAAUUUGAAACUGGAAGCACAAGUCUACUAUUUAGGAGUAAUGUAUCCAUUUUUUUUCAAGUUAACAUAAAUAAAGAAAUAAAAUGGAUCGUGUUUUAUUUUCUAACUCUAGAACCGAUGCCGGUGAAACAGCUCAGAAAUAAUGGAACGACUACUGUAUCUGUUUUCCUGAUUUGGGGUCAACCUGAUGAGUAUAGAAGUGAUUACACCUACAGAGUACAAACAGCCAGCCCUUUAUCUGUAGUGAUAGAUCAAAGAACGGCAUCAAAUCAACUCAAUGUAACUAAUCUGACACCUGGAGUAACAUAUACAUUCACUGUAUUUACAAGAGCGGCUGAUAAUGUCACUGAAAGUCAAGCUGUCUCAUAUACAACCUGCACAGGUGAGUGUAAACUGGUAUUAAAGGGAAUCGACAUACAGACACAUUACAAUACAGAGUCUGACUGCUAUUAGUCAUUACAAGGUUAUAUCAAAUGUGUGUUUAAUUAUGUUUGUCUUAAGCUGUAUUUAGCAGGUGAUGUUGACUUGAGGCAAUAGAAUUAUGAAUUCUGAAUAAUUAGUAAUAUUUAGAGGUGAAAUACAAAAUACAUUUUUAAUACAUAUUGUUGCAUUGAUGGUGUAUAUUUUAUUUUUUAUUAAAACGUAACUUUUAAUCUUUUCUUGUAAACAUAUACCUGUAUCACAUAUUAAAAGUUUUAAAAAAUAGCUAGGAUUAAUUUACAAACCAAAAAUCGGCAAUAUCGCCAUUUGUUCCAAAGUUUUCUAAACGUUUUCUACAGACAACUGUCUACGUGCAUUUUGAUUCUGCAUCUUAAGCACUUAUGGUGGGAGAGCUCAUAUUACGGCUCGUGUAUUGUAUUUGUAAAUCUCCUCAGAUACCUUAAACACAUAUUAUUUAAUUAGUACUUUUAAUAUACAUACUUUUCUUUCCUCUUAUCUCUUACCUGAGUUUCCCCUGGUGCCUUCUAUUGGACUCUUCUACACAGGGAUUGUUAAAGCAGAGGUGUACCUUCUACUUUACAUAUAUAUAAACAUCUUCUUUCCAUUUAGACUUAAUUUAUUAGAUCAGAUAGUUAGCUGACGCUCUUAGCCAAUGAAUUCCAUCCAAAGAUCAAUGCCAUUGAUAUCACUAAUGUGGAAGCCGAACUUUUGCUUUACAUACCUGCGUGAAGACGUACCAAACUGCAGAUUCCAGGUGACCUAAUUAAUUGUGAUAUUAUUGGAAAACAGUUUCUCUUAACAUUGGGAUAGAGCCAUGAGACUCUUUGUACCAUGAGCGCUACAGUACACUUUAGAGGGUUUGGUGAUUAGAGAACCUCUGAAAAUGAAGCAAAAUGUUAAUUUGUGAAAUUUUUUAAAUCUAUAGGCAAUAUGUUAAAUGACUCUGUAACCAUAUCAUGUAUUCAUUUAUUAUCAAUCUUUUUUUAAAUGAUUUGGUUUAUCAUCAUUUAAGCAAAUGUAGAAAAUCAAAGUCAAAGCAGCACAAGAAGAGGUAGAUUUUGCAAAAUACAAAUGUACCUGAUGAUUUUAAAUAAUACCCCUCCAUUAUGAUGUAACAUAACAUUAUUUGUAGUAUUUAACUAAAAUUACCAUUUUUUUCUUAUAAGAGAUCAUGUGGGUUUAUUUACUAAACACCAAACUGAUGUGAUUUGAAAUAGGAAUUCCAAAAUGUAGGCAAAACUAUUAGACAUGUAAAAAUUCUCCAACUCAGCUCUUGUCACAGCUUGAUUUUGUACUUUAGAAUUCUGAUUCUAGCUCAUUACUAAAUCAUAUUUAAAGAAUAAGCUAAUAGAAUUUUCCAAAUGAAAGUUGUUUUUUACUAGACACAAAAUGUAUUUUAUUUAAAAAGAAAUGCAUGCACUUAAUAGAAUUUUUUUUUCUGAUUGUAUUCUGCUAUCUUUCAGUUCCAGGUUUGGCUCAGAAUAUCACAGUAAAUAAUAAGAAUACUACUAAUUCACUUAGUGUGAACUGGACAAUACCAGCAGGGAAAGUGGAUUAUUUCAUAGUCAUUCUGAGUGGAGACGUCAAUAGAACAUUCACAACUAAUUCUACACAAGUGGAUUUCACAGAAUUACUGCCAGGCAGAAACUACUCCAUCACUAUACAGACAGUUAGUAGUAACUGCAGCCAGUCAGCAGCUCUAGUGAUAGAGGCAACAUGUGAGUAUGAUGGGAUCAUUGGGACAGAGCUAUAUCUUUAUGUGGAAAUCAAACAAACUGAAUUCUAGUAUACGUUUUAGGUUUUGUUAUAUUCAGAUAUCAUGGGAUAAUUUGGCUUGAACUAUAUUGUUGUCAAGGUUAUUAACUAAAGUAAAAUUUCAAGGUGAUUUUCAAAUGUAUCAUCAAAAUAGCUGAACUUAAAAAAUUGAUCUAACUCAGCUAUGCAUCCAGUUCAUCUACUUCGGCCAUGAAUUUGAAAAUAAAUUUGAAUUCUCUCUUUAGUGAAUAACCCUGUUAAAUUCUGUAAAUCCUACAAUUUGAGUAACAUUGGACUUUUUAGUAGAACUUGUGUUCAUGUAGCAUUGGAUUCUUUCAGGAUAAUUGAAUAUAGAGUUAAAUACAUUAUUUAUACAUAUGUAAUUAAUUAAUUAAUUAAUUGACUUUCUUAUUUUUCUAUUUCUUCAUAGACCCGGCCUCUCCAGGUUCCUUAAACUUUACAAAUAUCGGAACAAACACCAUUUCGUUGUCCCUGGGAGAACCAGUAAAUAUGACCAAUGUGACAAAGACUUUCAAGAUAACUUACAGCAAUUCUUUAUCCUCUUGGACUGUGUCAGUAAACACAUUAAAUGCCACACUUCAGAACCUCACAUCUGGGACUAAUUACACAAUUACUGUAGUAACAGUUGGUGCUCGGCAGUAUCAGAGUUCUCCGGUGACCAGUUCCAUCUACACAAGUAUGUUUACAGCAUUCUGUAUGUUCUGCAAUAGAACGUUUCACAACUAUGAUAUAAAUAUGUGUAUAUUUUGUAGUACACUAAGAGGCACAUAUUUGCUGGAUUUUUUUUGCACAUUAAAUGAGAAGAUGGGACCAACAGAGGGAAAAUAUGAAGAGCAGAAAAAAUAUUAAUUUAACUAGUAUAUAUUAAUUAAAUAUAUAAUAUAUAAAUAUGGAUUUAUUUUUAUUGCUGCUUUUUUCCCCUCUAUUGGUCACUUCUCACUUAAUCUGUCAAUAAAAUAAAUAUUUAGUUACCAUCCCCCACCAUCAAUUAAUUAAAAGUCUAGUCCAUUGCCGUUUUGUUUGUUUCAUGAUUCGACCAUAUGGUGCUUCGGAGUUGCGUAAUUCUGAUCACUCGCCGAUUUCCCAAAAUAUAGACGAAUGGCAAAUUAAUUUGAAACUGGAAGCACAAGUCUACUAUUUAGGAGUAAUGUAUCCAUUUUUUUUCAAGUUAACAUAAAUAAAGAAAUAAAAUGGAUCGUGUUUUAUUUUCUAACUCUAGAACCGAUGCCGGUGAAACAGCUCAGAAAUAAUGGAACGACUACUGUAUCUGUUUUCCUGAUUUGGGGUCAACCUGAUGAGUAUAGAAGUGAUUACACCUACAGAGUACAAACAGCCAGCCCUUUAUCUGUAGUGAUAGAUCAAAGAACGGCAUCAAAUCAACUCAAUGUAACUAAUCUGACACCCGGUGUAACAUAUACAUUCACUGUAUUUACAAGAGCGGCUGAUAAUGUCACUGAAAGUCAAGCUGUCUCAUAUACAACCUGCACAGGUGAGUGUAAACUGGUAUUAAAGGGAAUCGACAUACAGACACAUUACAAUACAGAGUCUGAAUGCUAUUAGUCAUUACAAGGUUAUAUCAAAUGUGUGUUUAAUUAUGUUUGUCUUAAGCUGUAUUUAGCAGGUGAUGUUGACUUGAGGCAAUAGAAUUAUGAAUUCUGAAUAAUUAGUAAUAUUUAGAGGUGAAAUACAAAAUACAUUUUUAAUACAUAUUGUUGCAUUGAUGGUGUAUAUUUUAUUUUUUAUUAAAACUUAACUUUUAAUCUUUUCUUGUAAACAUAUACCUGUAUCACAUAUUAAAAGUUUUAAAAAAUAGCUAGGAUUAAUUUACAAACCAAAAAUCGGCAAUAUCGCCAUUUGUUCCAAAGUUUUCUAAACGUUUUCUACAGACAACUGUCUACGUGCAUUUUGAUUCUGCAUCUUAAGCACUUAUGGUGGGAGAGCUCAUAUUACGGCUCGUGUAUUGUAUUUGUAAAUCUCCUCAGAUACCUUAAACACAUAUUAUUUAAUUAGUACUUUUAAUAAACCAUACUUUUCUUUCCUCUUAUCUCUUACCUGAGUUUCCCCUGGUGCCUUCUAUUGGACUCUUCUACACAGGGAUUGUUAAAGCAGAGGUGUACCUUCUACUUUACAUAUAUAUAAACAUCUUCUUUCCAUUUAGACUUAAUUUAUUAGAUCAGAUAGUUAGCUGACGCUCUUAGCCAAUGAAUUCCAUCCAAAGAUCAAUGCCAUUGAUAUCACUAAUGUGGAAGCCGAACUUUUGCUUUACAUACCUGCGUGAAGACGUACCAAACUGCAGAUUCCAGGUGACCUAAUUAAUUGUGAUAUUAUUGGAAAACAGUUUCUCUUAACAUUGGGAUAGAGCCAUGAGACUCUUUGUACCAUGAGCGCUACAGUACACUUUAGAGGGUUUGGUGAUUAGAGAACCUCUGAAAAUGAAGCAAAAUGUUAAUUUGUGAAAUUUUUUAAAUCUAUAGGCAAUAUGUUAAAUGACUCUGUAACCAUAUCAUGUAUUCAUUUAUUAUCAAUCUUUUUUUAAAUGAUUUGGUUUAUCAUCAUUUAAGCAAAUGUAGAAAAUCAAAGUCAAAGCAGCACAAGAAGAGGUAGAUUUUGCAAAAUACAAAUGUACCUGAUGAUUUUAAAUAAUACCCCUCCAUUAUGAUGUAACAUAACAUUAUUUGUAGUAUUUAACUAAAAUUACCAUUUUUUCUUAUAAGAGAUCAUGUGGGUUUAUUUACUAAACACCAAACUGAUGUGAUUUGAAAUAGGAAUUCCAAAAUUUAGGCAAAACUAUUAGACAUGUAAAAAUUCUCCAACUCAGCUCUUGUCACAGCUUGAUUCUGUACUUUAGAAUUCUGAUUCUAGCUCAUUACUAAAUCAUAUUUAAAGAAUAAGCUAAUAGAAUUUUCCAAAUGAAAGUUGUUUUUUACUAGACACAAAAUGUAUUUUAUUUAAAAAGAAAUGCAUGCACUUAAUAGAAAUGUUUUUUCUGAUUGUAUUCUGCUAUCUUUCAGUUCCAGGUUUGGCUCAGAAUAUCACAGUAAAUAAUAAGGAUACGACUAAUUCACUCAGUGUGAACUGGACAAUACCAGCAGGGAAAGUGGAUUAUUUCACAGUCAUUCUGAGUGGAGACGUCAAUAGAACAUUCACAACUAAUUCUACACAAGUGGAUUUCACAGAAUUACUGCCAGGCAGAAACUACUCAAUCACUAUACAGACAGUUAGUAGUAACUGCAGCCAGUCAGCAGCUCCAGUGAUAGAGGCAACAUGUGAGUAUGAUAGGAUCAAUGGGACAAAGCUAUAUCUUUAUGUGGAAAUCAAACAAACUGAAUUCUAGUAUACGUUUUAGGUUUUGUUAUAUUCAGAUAUCAUGGGAUAAUUUGACUUGAACUAUAUCGUUGUCAAGGUUAUUAACUAAAGUAAAAUUUCAAGGUGAUUUUCAAAUGUAUCAUCAAAAUAGCUGAACUUAAAAAAAUGAUCUAACUCAGCUAUGCAUCCAGUUCAUCUACUUCAGCCAUGAAUUUGAAAAUAAAUUUGAAUUCUCUCUUUAGUGAAUAACCCUGUUAAAUUCUGUAAAUCCUACAAUUUGAGUAACAUUGGACUUUUUAGGAGAACUUGUGUUCAUGUAGCAUUGGAUUCUUUCAGGAUAAUUGAAUAUAGAGUUAAAUACAUUAUUUAUACAUAUGUAAUUAAUUAAUUAAUUAAUUGACUUUCUUAUUUUUCUAUUUCUUCAUAGACCCGGCCUCUCCAGGUUCCUUAAACUUUACAAAUAUCGGAACAAACACCAUUUCGUUGUCCCUGGGAGAACCAGUAAAUAUGACCAAUGUGACAAAGACUUUCAAGAUAACUUACAGCAAUUCUUUAUCCUCUUGGACUGUGUCAGUAAACACAUUAAAUGCCACACUUCAGAACCUCACAUCUGGGACUAAUUACACAAUUACUGUAGUAACAGUUGGUGCUCGGCAGUAUCAGAGUUCUCCUGUGACCAGUUCCAUCUACACAAGUAUGUUUACAGCAUUCUGUAUGUUCUGCAAUAGAACGUGUCACAACUAUGAUAUAAAUAUGUGUAUAUUUUGUAGUACACUAAGAGGCACAUAUUUGCUGGAUUUUUUUUGCACAUUAAAUGAGAAGAUGGGACAAACAGAGGGAAAAUAUGAAGAGCAGAAAAAAUAUUAAUUUAACUAGUAGAUAUUAAUUAAAUAUAUAAUAUAUAAAUAUGGAUUUAUUUUUAUUGCUGCUUUUUUCCCCUCUAUUGGUCACUUCUCACUUAAUCUGUCAAUAAAAUAAAUAUUUAGUUACCAUCCCCCACCAUCAAUUAAUUAAAAGUCUAGUCCAUUGCCGUUUUGUUUGUUUCAUGAUUCGACCAUAUGGUGCUUCGGAGUUGCGUAAUUCUGAUGACUCGCCGAUUUCCCAAAAUAUAGACGAAUGGCAAAUUAAUUUGAAACUGGAAGCACAAGUCUACUAUUUAGGAGUAAUGUAUCCAUUUUUUUUCAAGUUAACAUAAAUAAAGAAAUAAAAUGGAUCGUGUUUUAUUUUCUAACUCUAGAACCGAUGCCGGUGAAACAGCUCAGAAAUAAUGGAACGACUACUGUAUCUGUUUUCCUGAUUUGGGGUCAACCUGAUGAGUAUAGAAGUGAUUACACCUACAGAGUACAAACAGCCAGCCCUUUAUCUGUAGUGAUAGAUCAAAGAACGGCAUCAAAUCAACUCAAUGUAACUAAUCUGACACCCGGAGUAACAUAUACAUUCACUGUAUUUACAAGAGCGGCUGAUAAUGUCACUGAAAGUCAAGCUGUCUCAUAUACAACCUGCACAGGUGAGUGUAAACUGGUAUUAAAGGGAAUCGACAUACAGACACAUUACAAUACAGAGUCUGAAUGCUAUUAGUCAUUACAAGGUUAUAUCAAAUGUGUGUUUAAUUAUGUUUGUCUUAAGCUGUAUUUAGCAGGUGAUGUUGACUUGAGGCAAUAGAAUUAUGAAUUCUGAAUAAUUAUUAAUAUUUAUUUUUAUUAAAACUUAACUUUUAAUCUUUUCUUGUAAACAUAUACCUGUAUCACAUAUUAAAAGUUUUAAAAAAUAGCUAGGAUUAAUCUACAAACCAAAAAUCGGCAAUAUCGCCAUUUGUUCCAAAGUUUUCUAAACGUUUUCUACAGACAACUGUCUACGUGCGUUUUGAUUCUGCAUCUUAAGCACUUAUGGUGGGAGAGCUCAUAUUACGGCUCGUGUAUUGUAUUUGUAAAUCUCCUCAGAUACCUUAAACACAUAUUAUUUAAUUAGUACUUUUAAUAAACCAUACUUUUCUUUCCUCUUAUCUCUUACCUGAGUUUCCCCUGGUGCCUUCUAUUGGACUCUUCUACACAGGGAUUGUUAAAGCAGAGGUGUACCUUCUACUUUACAUAUAUAUAAACAUCUUCUUUCCAUUUAGACUUAAUUUAUUAGAUCAGAUAGUUAGCUGACGCUCUUAGCCAAUGAAUUCCAUCCAAAGAUCAAUGCCAUUGAUAUCACUAAUGUGGAAGCCGAACUUUUGCUUUACAUACCUGCGUGAAGACGUACCAAACUGCAGAUUCCAGGUGACCUAAUUAAUUGUGAUAUUAUUGGAAAACAGUUUCUCUUAACAUUGGGAUAGAGCCAUGAGACUCUUUGUACCAUGAGCGCUACAGUACACUUUAGAGGGUUUGGUGAUUAGAGAACCUCUGAAAAUGAAGCAAAAUGUUAAUUUGUGAAAUUUUUUAAAUCUAUAGGCAAUAUGUUAAAUGACUCUGUAACCAUAUCAUGUAUUCAUUUAUUAUCAAUCUUUUUUUAAAUGAUUUGGUUUAUCAUCAUUUAAGCAAAUGUAGAAAAUCAAAGUCAAAGCAGCACAAGAAGAGGUAGAUUUUGCAAAAUACAAAUGUACCUGAUGAUUUUAAAUAAUACCCCUCCAUUAUGAUGUAACAUAACAUUAUUUGUAGUAUUUAACUAAAAUUACCAUUUUUUCUUAUAAGAGAUCAUGUGGGUUUAUUUACUAAACACCAAACUGAUGUGAUUUGAAAUAGGAAUUCCAAAAUUUAGGCAAAACUAUUAGACAUGUAAAAAUUCUCCAACUCAGCUCUUGUCACAGCUUGAUUCUGUACUUUAGAAUUCUGAUUCUAGCUCAUUACUAAAUCAUAUUUAAAGAAUAAGCUAAUAGAAUUUUCCAAAUGAAAGUUGUUUUUUACUAGACACAAAAUGUAUUUUAUUUAAAAAGAAAUGCAUGCACUUAAUAGAAAUGUUUUUUCUGAUUGUAUUCUGCUAUCUUUCAGUUCCAGGUUUGGCUCAGAAUAUCACAGUAAAUAAUAAGGAUACGACUAAUUCACUCAGUGUGAACUGGACAAUACCAGCAGGGAAAGUGGAUUAUUUCACAGUCAUUCUGAGUGGAGACGUCAAUAGAACAUUCACAACUAAUUCUACACAAGUGGAUUUCACAGAAUUACUGCCAGGCAGAAACUACUCAAUCACUAUACAGACAGUUAGUAGUAACUGCAGCCAGUCAGCAGCUCCAGUGAUAGAGGCAACAUGUGAGUAUGAUAGGAUCAAUGGGACAAAGCUAUAUCUUUAUGUGGAAAUCAAACAAACUGAAUUCUAGUAUACGUUUUAGGUUUUGUUAUAUUCAGAUAUCAUGGGAUAAUUUGACUUGAACUAUAUCGUUGUCAAGGUUAUUAACUAAAGUAAAAUUUCAAGGUGAUUUUCAAAUGUAUCAUCAAAAUAGCUGAACUUAAAAAAAUGAUCUAACUCAGCUAUGCAUCCAGUUCAUCUACUUCAGCCAUGAAUUUGAAAAUAAAUUUGAAUUCUCUCUUUAGUGAAUAACCCUGUUAAAUUCUGUAAAUCCUACAAUUUGAGUAACAUUGGACUUUUUAGGAGAACUUGUGUUCAUGUAGCAUUGGAUUCUUUCAGGAUAAUUGAAUAUAGAGUUAAAUACAUUAUUUAUACAUAUGUAAUUAAUUAAUUAAUUAAUUGACUUUCUUAUUUUUCUAUUUCUUCAUAGACCCGGCCUCUCCAGGUUCCUUAAACUUUACAAAUAUCGGAACAAACACCAUUUCGUUGUCCCUGGGAGAACCAGUAAAUAUGACCAAUGUGACAAAGACUUUCAAGAUAACUUACAGCAAUUCUUUAUCCUCUUGGACUGUGUCAGUAAACACAUUAAAUGCCACACUUCAGAACCUCACAUCUGGGACUAAUUACACAAUUACUGUAGUAACAGUUGGUGCUCGGCAGUAUCAGAGUUCUCCUGUGACCAGUUCCAUCUACACAAGUAUGUUUACAGCAUUCUGUAUGUUCUGCAAUAGAACGUGUCACAACUAUGAUAUAAAUAUGUGUAUAUUUUGUAGUACACUAAGAGGCACAUAUUUGCUGGAUUUUUUUUGCACAUUAAAUGAGAAGAUGGGACAAACAGAGGGAAAAUAUGAAGAGCAGAAAAAAUAUUAAUUUAACUAGUAGAUAUUAAUUAAAUAUAUAAUAUAUAAAUAUGGAUUUAUUUUCAUUGCUGCUUUUUUCCCCUCUAUUGGUCACUUCUCACUUAAUCUGUCAAUAAAAUAAAUAUUUAGUUACCAUCCCCCACCAUCAAUUAAUUAAAAGUCUAGUCCAUUGCCGUUUUGUUUGUUUCAUGAUUCGACCAUAUGGUGCUUCGGAGUUGCGUAAUUCUGAUGACUCGCCGAUUUCCCAAAAUAUAGACGAAUGGCAAAUUAAUUUGAAACUGGAAGCACAAGUCUACUAUUUAGGAGUAAUGUAUCCAUUUUUUUUCAAGUUAACAUAAAUAAAGAAAUAAAAUGGAUCGUGUUUUAUUUUCUAACUCUAGAACCGAUGCCGGUGAAACAGCUCAGAAAUAAUAGAACGACUACUCUAUCUGUUUUCCUGAUUUGGGGUCAACCUGAUGAGUAUAGAAGUGAUUACACCUACAGAGUACAAACAGCCAGCCCUUUAUCUGUAGUGAUAGAUCAAAGAACGGCAUCAAAUCAACUCAAUGUAACUAAUCUGACACCCGGUGUAACAUAUACAUUCACUGUAUUUACAAGAGCGGCUGAUAAUGUCACUGAAAGUCAAGCUGUCUCAUAUACAACCUGCACAGGUGAGUGUAAACUGGUAUUAAAGGGAAUCGACAUACAGACACAUUACAAUACAGAGUCUGAAUGCUAUUAGUCAUUACAAGGUUAUAUCAAAUGUGUGUUUAAUUAUGUUUGUCUUAAGCUGUAUUUAGCAGGUGAUGUUGACUUGAGGCAAUAGAAUUAUGAAUUCUGAAUAAUUAGUAAUAUUUAUUUUUAUUAAAACUUAACUUUUAAUCUUUUCUUGUAAACAUAUACCUGUAUCACAUAUUAAAAGUUUUAAAAAAUAGCUAGGAUUAAUCUACAAACCAAAAAUCGGCAAUAUCGCCAUUUGUUCCAAAGUUUUCUAAACGUUUUCUACAGACAACUGUCUACGUGCGUUUUGAUUCUGCAUCUUAAGCACUUAUGGUGGGAGAGCUCAUAUUACGGCUCGUGUAUUGUAUUUGUAAAUCUCCUCAGAUACCUUAAACACAUAUUAUUUAAUUAGUACUUUUAAUAAACCAUACUUUUCUUUCCUCUUAUCUCUUACCUGAGUUUCCCCUGGUGCCUUCUAUUGGACUCUUCUACACAGGGAUUGUUAAAGCAGAGGUGUACCUUCUACUUUACAUAUAUAUAAACAUCUUCUUUCCAUUUAGACUUAAUUUAUUAGAUCAGAUAGUUAGCUGACGCUCUUAGCCAAUGAAUUCCAUCCAAAGAUCAAUGCCAUUGAUAUCACUAAUGUGGAAGCCGAACUUUUGCUUUACAUACCUGCGUGAAGACGUACCAAACUGCAGAUUCCAGGUGACCUAAUUAAUUGUGAUAUUAUUGGAAAACAGUUUCUCUUAACAUUGGGAUAGAGCCAUGAGACUCUUUGUACCAUGAGCGCUACAGUACACUUUAGAGGGUUUGGUGAUUAGAGAACCUCUGAAAAUGAAGCAAAAUGUUAAUUUGUGAAAUUUUUUAAAUCUAUAGGCAAUAUGUUAAAUGACUCUGUAACCAUAUCAUGUAUUCAUUUAUUAUCAAUCUUUUUUUAAAUGAUUUGGUUUAUCAUCAUUUAAGCAAAUGUAGAAAAUCAAAGUCAAAGCAGCACAAGAAGAGGUAGAUUUUGCAAAAUACAAAUGUACCUGAUGAUUUUAAAUAAUACCCCUCCAUUAUGAUGUAACAUAACAUUAUUUGUAGUAUUUAACUAAAAUUACCAUUUUUUCUUAUAAGAGAUCAUGUGGGUUUAUUUACUAAACACCAAACUGAUGUGAUUUGAAAUAGGAAUUCCAAAAUUUAGGCAAAACUAUUAGACAUGUAAAAAUUCUCCAACUCAGCUCUUGUCACAGCUUGAUUCUGUACUUUAGAAUUCUGAUUCUAGCUCAUUACUAAAUCAUAUUUAAAGAAUAAGCUAAUAGAAUUUUCCAAAUGAAAGUUGUUUUUUACUAGACACAAAAUGUAUUUUAUUUAAAAAGAAAUGCAUGCACUUAAUAGAAAUGUUUUUUCUGAUUGUAUUCUGCUAUCUUUCAGUUCCAGGUUUGGCUCAGAAUAUCACAGUAAAUAAUAAGGAUACGACUAAUUCACUCAGUGUGAACUGGACAAUACCAGCAGGGAAAGUGGAUUAUUUCACAGUCAUUCUGAGUGGAGACGUCAAUAGAACAUUCACAACUAAUUCUACACAAGUGGAUUUCACAGAAUUACUGCCAGGCAGAAACUACUCAAUCACUAUACAGACAGUUAGUAGUAACUGCAGCCAGUCAGCAGCUCCAGUGAUAGAGGCAACAUGUGAGUAUGAUAGGAUCAAUGGGACAAAGCUAUAUCUUUAUGUGGAAAUCAAACAAACUGAAUUCUAGUAUACGUUUUAGGUUUUGUUAUAUUCAGAUAUCAUGGGAUAAUUUGACUUGAACUAUAUCGUUGUCAAGGUUAUUAACUAAAGUAAAAUUUCAAGGUGAUUUUCAAAUGUAUCAUCAAAAUAGCUGAACUUAAAAAAAUGAUCUAACUCAGCUAUGCAUCCAGUUCAUCUACUUCAGCCAUGAAUUUGAAAAUAAAUUUGAAUUCUCUCUUUAGUGAAUAACCCUGUUAAAUUCUGUAAAUCCUACAAUUUGAGUAACAUUGGACUUUUUAGGAGAACUUGUGUUCAUGUAGCAUUGGAUUCUUUCAGGAUAAUUGAAUAUAGAGUUAAAUACAUUAUUUAUACAUAUGUAAUUAAUUAAUUAAUUAAUUGACUUUCUUAUUUUUCUAUUUCUUCAUAGAUCCGGCCUCUCCAGGUUCCUUAAACUUUACAAAUAUCGGAACAAACACCAUUUCGUUGUCCCUGGGAGAACCAGUAAAUAUGACCAAUGUGACAAAGACUUUCAAGAUAACUUACAGCAAUUCUUUAUCCUCUUGGACUGUGUCAGUAAACACAUUAAAUGCCACACUUCAGAACCUCACAUCUGGGACUAAUUACACAAUUACUGUAGUAACAGUUGUUGCUCGGCAGUAUCAGAGUUCUCCGGUGACCAGUUCCAUCUACACAAGUAUGUUUACAGCAUUCUGAAUGUUCUGCAAUAGAACGUGUCACAACUAUGAUAUAAAUAUGUGUAUAUUUUGUAGUACACCAAGAGGCACAUAUUUGCUGGAUUUUUUUUGCACAUUAAAUGAGAAGAUGGGACCAACAGAGGGAAAAUAUGAAGAGCAGAAAAAAUAUUAAUUUAACUAGUAGAUAUUAAUUAAAUAUAUAAUAUAUAAAUAUGCAUUUAUUUUCAUUGCUGCUUUUUCCCCUCUAUUGGCUUACCACUAACUGUCGCCACAAAAAACAAACAUGUAGUUUACCAUCCCCACCAUCAAUUAAUUAAAAGUCUAGUCCAUUGCCGCUUUGUUUGUUCUUCAUGAUUCAAUCACCAUAUGGUGCUCGGAGUUGCGAAUUUGAUGACUCACUGAUUUCCCAAAAUAUAGACUAAUGGUAAAAUUAAUUUGAAACUGAAGCACAAGUCUACUAUUUAGGAGGGUAAUGCAUCCAUUUCUUUUUUUCUAAGCAACAUAAAUAAAGAAAUAAAAUGGACGUGUUUUUUUUCUAACUCUAGAACCCAUGCCAGUGAAACAGCUCGGAAAUAAUGGAACAACUACUGUAUCUGUUUUCCUGAUUUGGAAUCAACCUGAUGAGUAUAGAAGUGAUUACACCCACAGAGUACAAACAGCCAGCCCCUUUAUCUGUAGUGAUAUCAAAGAACGGCAUCAAAUCAACCCAAUGUAA